AUGAGCCAUUUUGAUGCCGAUUGCAGGUUGAACCGUCUCAGCCUUAAAAGGAAGCUCAGCAGCCGGGCGGAUACAAGAACCCAUGUGCCCCUCACCUCAGCUGCAGCCUCUCUGCCUGCACCGCUGCCUGACUCAGCAGACACAGCAGUGGCCGAUCUGCUGGCAUUGCCAGCGCAUGCGUUUGGAGAAAGCGGCAGCGACGCAGCCGCAUUGGGUGGGGAAGACAUGAGCAGGCGCGGGGUAGCUGCCCCCAGCACCUCAGGAAGGGUGACUCACCCUAUUCCAAGCGGCAGGCCGGGGAUCUCCGCAAGGUUCAAGCCGCCCGGGCAGCUGGCGCAGGCCACGGGCUACGGCGGCGAUCCUGGCCCGCCCCCUGGAUGGAAGCCGCGGCAGAAAGACUACGCCUCUUUCGACAUGCUGGACGAUCUGCCUGAUUUUGCCGCCGUGGCACCCCUGGAUGAUCCCGGCGGCGCCUGCGCACCUGCAGCAGCCACCAAUGCAGCUGCAGGGGAUGCUGAUACAGGUCCAGCGGCGGGAUUGCAGCCAGAGCCGGCCAGAAAGCGGCAGUGGAAGUCCAAGCCCUUUGUGCCGCCGCGGCCGCUAGACAGGUUCCUCCUUGCAGCCAGAGGGGAAGGCAGUGAAGCAGGCACAGUGCCCAAAGGCGGCACAGCUAGGGCGGCGUACGGCGAAAGGCUCCAGUCCUCGCUGGCAGAGGCAGAUUCAAGCCGUGACCGUGACAGCAGCGAGGGCGGCGGAGCGCCAGAUGGCCUUGAGGAGUCUCUGCCAGAGCCGAGCAGCCAUGACCUGCAGUACCCGGACCUGGACAGAAGCGGCACUGCACCCAACAGGGCAUUGGCGACGGAUGAAUCAAGCAGAGGACAAGGCGCACUUCUGGCAGCUUCUGAUCCCUGCCCUUCGGCGCAGCAGGAGAGGCAAAGAUCAGCCGACAGAGACCUCAGCAGGAUGCAUGGAAGUGCUGUGAGCUUUGAUAAGAUGGAUGAGAUGCCGAGCGCUCAGAGAGCCGAGAGCCAUCGCACGCCACUGGCAGGCAGCGGCGGCUUGGAGACUCCAAGGGAUGCAGACGCUGUGCCGGCCCGGGGCGCUUCGCGGCUGGCUGAGUCGGGGCAGGCAACCGGCAGCUCGACACAGCGCAGGCGCCAACUGAAGCGCAUUUACUCUGAUGACCCCAGAGAGGACUCGCUGCUGCAGGGCCCCGGCAACCAACCUGCAGCAGUGCUGGACGAGGACGAGGAUCUGUUGGAGGACCUGAGCUUCCUGAGAGGUGACCCCGUCGAAGCAGCAGCCGCUCCCUCAGAUCGCGCCACCUUGCUUGGUGAUGCCAGCCACAGCAGUGCUGAAGCAGUCACACUCGUCAAAGAGCCCAAGCUGUCCUUUGCCAGCAGGCUGAGCCGAGCGACACGCAGUGAGCAGCCUGCCAGCACCCGCUUGGACGAUGAUGUCGUGCCGGACACCGAAGACCCCUUCGCUGCAGAGCCUCGGGUUGAAGCGCAUCCAGACAGCGACGCAUCGGCAGAGCAGCCAGAUGGGGCAACCCUGCUGCCCAGAGGCCAGCAGUCAGGAUCACAGCCCAUGAGCGAUAAUCUGCAUGGAUCAGAUGGGGAGCCGGGAUCGCCUGGAGGUGACAUGGACAGUCGAAGGACAGGUGGCGUGGGAGACGAGGCCGAGGCGGCUCCGAACAGGAGGGCCUUCAAGCGGCUUCGCAAGGCCGACGGAGCCAGUCACGAGCGCCCCGCUGCAGGCAUCAGAUCUCUGGAAGACUGGACUGAUGACGAGGAUGCAGAGGAUGACAGGCGACCUCCAUCAGCACAAUAUGCUGCAGGGCAGCAGGUGGAAGAGGCGCGUAAAGGCGCCAAUCCAUUUGCCAGAGCUACAAAGCGACAGGCACAGGAGCCUGCCCUGGCCUUCCACGCACGCCCAGCUGCGCCUGCCAAAGCCGCCGCCAACCAUCUGUCCACAACCGACAUCAGAUCUGUGCUUCUGGCACCGCGUGCCUCUCGUCAGGAGCGUCCUGGCGGUGCGCAGGAUGUAGCCACGGAAGCUGCCGCAUACGAGGAGAUCAUAGACCUGGCCGCAGACAGCUCCGACGAUGACGAGACAGCAGCAAGGGAUACUCACGCAGCCGAGCAGCGACGGCCGCAGCAGGCAAAGCGGAAGGGUGUGCUGCAGCUACCGCCACAUCCAGCCAGCCUAGGAGGCGGCCCGGCGAUGCUCAGCCGUCCGACGGCGAUGACUCCCGCAGGCUCGGGCCGGCAGGGGGCCGCUCGGAAGCCAGGCGACCGCUCCUAUCUAGGCGCGUACUCGGCCGCCGACAUCGCCGAGGGCAGGUUCCCAGCCGCCGGCAGCCGGCCCGCAGCUGCCGAGCAGCCGGGUGCAGCCGCCGCCUUGAAGCUUCCACGGCACAACGAUCGGGAGCAGAACCAGGCCGUAGCAACAGCUGAUCACUACCACGACGCCUAUGGCGGCAGCAAUGCCACCUAUGGGCAAAGGGAUGACCGGGGGAAGGGGAAGCAGCCAGUGGCUGAGGCUGAUGACUACGAGGAUGACUACGGCGGCGGCUACGGGGGUGACAGAGGGGUUGCGUCCGGCCGAUGGGGCGGCAGCGGGGCUGAGUUUGGCAGGGAUGCAGGGCAGGAAGAGUGGGAGGAGUGGCGGGAUCCUAGUGACGAAGCAGGCCCCAGCUAUGCCAGCCCGCAGCGGCGGAGGCAGCCACAGGCGAGAGAGCAGCAGUGGCAGCAGCCGGCGGGAGGCUGGGACAGAGACUGUGGCGGAGCUCCUUCAGCCGCUGCUGCUCAGGCAGCAGGUCCCAGUGGCACAGGGAACGGUGAGCCUUGGUGGACCCGCUUGGAGGACUUUGUCCCAGUGGAGGCCAUGAGAGGCGGCAGAGAUCCCAGGCAAGGCUCUAUCUCAGACGGCAGCAUAGUGCACAUCGACUACAGGGCGCAGUUUUCAGGCGUGGCACCUCCGAAGCAGAAGAGCACGCGGGGCGCCGGCAGCAGUGGCGGCAGAGCCGCGUCCGGGGGAGCCGACAGGGGGCGCGAGCGAUCGGAAGCCCCUGCUGCAGCAGGCCACUGGAUCACUGAGUACCAUCGCCAUGGCCCUGUCAAGGUGUACGUCACAGCAGCGGGGAUGAGGCUGACUGGAAAAGCAGCUUACAAGGCUUCGCAGAAAAGCAACCCCAGUGCGCCGGUGCCCAAGGAAGUCAAGGCCAAGCGGCCGGGCAAGAGCGGCACCUGGCGCUCCAUCAAGGCCAAGCGAAGGAAGUGA